AUGCCCACCACUAGUCAGCCGGGCUCUAUGCAAAGCCUGAAUACUCAGGAUACAUCCGAUAUACCUGAGGAGGUAAUUACAUUAUCUCGCGAAGCAACUUUUCGUCGGCAGCCCAUGGCGGAAGAAGAAGUUCAGCCACGCCCUUCUCAAUUGUUGAAUGACAAUGAAGAUCUCGAAUCAGUCACGCAAGUCGUUCAAGACGAACGUCGGCAUGAGGUUUCAGAACAUUCCUCUGUGUCUGAACAAUCAUCUGGACUUCCGACUUCCAAUGAGACACCAGGAAUGGAUGUUGGCGCAGAAGUCGAGACUCAACACGAACUCAAUGGGUCUUCACGUUUGUCCUGGAAAGAAUCACUUGGGACAUCCGGAUUGUUCUUUAUCCUUGGAGGACAUGGGGGGACUGUCGCCAUACUAAUAUUCCUGACUUUCAUCUGGUUCGGGCACGGCCAAGCGAGCGAGGGUGUCAGUGCGACACACACCUGGCGGCGUUUGGCGCUGAAUGGAUGGAUCCCACAAGCCGUGACGCUUUGCGCUCUUGCUCUGCGAGUCACCAUCUCUCAACAAUCGGCUGUAUGCACUGCCAUGAUCGCUGCACUAGUCCUGGAGCGACGGUCUACCAAAAAGUCCCACGCAGCGUACUUUUCGGUGGCGAGGGGUUUCAACGACGGGCCAAUGAAAUUACUGAGAAUGAUGUUGGUGCCCCUAAACUCUCAAUAUCUUCAGCAUGCGGAGUUCUGGCUGUUGUUGGUUCUCACGACCGUCACGAUUGGCCUCCAGUUCACCUCGACCAUCCUACUGUCUGAUCUUCACAACUUUGUGAUGGUGGGGGACCUCGAAAGUGUGCAAGUUCCAAGCCUGGUUCGAUUCGAACGUGGUGACUUCAUAAUUCGAAACGUCCCAGGCCAGUACCAAAAUUCUGCUCCUGUCUAUAUGGCGCUUGGAGAAGAACAGCACAGCUCUGAUACCACCCCGUCUUCACAUGGCUUGAGCGAUACUGGCGUCAUAAAAAGAGGUUUCCUCCCAUUUCCCGAAAGCAGCAAUCGCACGUCAGUGAGAUAUUUCGAGGGAAACGCAAUGAUCAUGAGCUCUAGAGUUGCAUGUAUGCGCCCUAACAUCAGCUCUAAAAUUAGUUACUAUGAUGACCAAUCGCCAUAUGUCGCAGUAACGGGGCUACUGCGAUACGCCUUGAGCCUGAGUGAGGCGCACGCAAGCGAUACGCCGCCUUGCAGCAACACCAACUGCCAGGAAACUUAUUUUCAGUGCAACCUGCCGUAUACCUACGACCGUGGUAAUUGGGAAACUGUACCGUGCAUCCUAGAUCCUGUCGGUGGGGCUUUUCGAAACCUCAGCAUGGAGAGAACUUGGUCCUCGUCGGAUGAGCCUUGGAUCGUGAAUUCUAGCAUACAUCUAGUCUUUGCCACGAAUAUGACUUCACCGCAAGUGGCACAACUCUUUUCCGACGAUCAUCACGGAGCUAUCAUACCCUAUCAAGAGUGGAACAACUAUGAAUUUAUGCCUGGAGUCUUAGUGAACUCGACUCUAUGCUUUUCUGCAUUCAACAUGGAGCGAAAGUCCGUGCGGAUGAGCUCAUCAGGACCCCUGGAGGAGCCCGUCAUAGACUGGUUACCAACAUCACUCGAAUACAAUGCAAGUCAAGUGAGAACCUACAUGGGGGUCGACAGGCCCAGAAAGAGUCAUGAGGACAGGGGCAUUUUAGCAAUGUCAAUAAAUGGCCCGCCCGAUGAUGGCCCUCCAGAAAGUCUCGCACAUCGAGUGGUUCAGUUCCUGGACAGCAAUCUUACCAUUUCGGACCUUACAUCCGCAGUUCAGGAGGUCCUGGUCACUUCCGACAUGUCGUAUGGAUGGUUAGCAAAUACAACAGUGCUAACGUGCGACGAUUGUCAAGGUUUUGGCCAAAUGAUACACCCAUUGAACGGAAUGUUGUUCACCGAAAUCAUUAAUACUACCAAUCGUGCCGCCGAUGCCAUACAGAGUCAUCUCACUGUUGUUGCUAUGUCAGUGUACGAGACCUAUCUCAACACCCUAGAGGAGACCCAAGAGGCACUUGUAUCUACAACUCGCACCGUCCUAGCCCCCGGCCUAUGCUCAGCAAAUAGUUGUGCUGGGUUCGUAUCAGUCGCAACUUUGGUGGUUGUGCAAAUGAUCUGCGUGAUGACAAUUACAACGAUCUUUGUUAGGAACGCACGCCACUCAUUUUAUAACAACAUCUGGCAUACAAUCUCGCAACUGGCCAAUCCAGAGCUUCGGGACAUUUUGGAGAAGACUACUAACUCAGGCGAUAAGGCCAUUAAGAAACUUAUUCAGAAGGAUGACUAUCGGGUCAGACUGGUGAAAACACCCCAGACAGGAGAAAUUGGAAUUGUUAGGAUACCAGCUAGUUCGGCAACUUCAUCGGCUUUAGAGAAGCCACCUACUACGGGAUUCAGCGCGAUGAAAAAGAUCACAAGAAAUAGAUAA